AUCACACAUUCUCACACACAACAUUUUAUAUAUCCUUUUUUUUUUUUGUCUAAUAACAUCAUGGGUGUCACUAGCUAUACACAUGAGACCACAACACCAGUUGCCCCUACUAGGUUGUUCAAAGCUUUGGUUGUUGAUUCUGAUAAUCUUAUUCCUAAGUUGAUGCCACAAGUUAAAAAUAUUGAGGCUGAGGGAGAUGGAAGCAUCAAAAAGAUGAACUUUGUUGAAGGUUCACCAAUCAAGUACUUGAAGCACAAGAUUCAUGUUAUUGAUGACAAGAAUUUGGUGACCAAAUAUUCAAUGAUUGAAGGAGAUGUUCUUGGAGACAAACUUGAGUCAAUUUCCUAUGACCUAAAAUUUGAAGCUCAUGGAAAUGGAGGAUGUGUUUGCAAGUCUAUAACGUGUUGUGACAUUAUAUAAUAAAGUAUACCCUCGUUAAAAAGUUAAAUCUUUUAGAUGAGAGAUUAUGGUUUGAGUUUUCAUUAAUGUUAUAGUGCUUUUUGUUGAGUUGUGUGUUCUUUUUCCACGUUUAUCAUGGGAAUUAAGAACUCUUAAUAAUGUAGCAACCUUUAAUUUUGCUUAUCAAAUACUUAUAGUACUUUUCGAAAAUUAAAA